CACGGAUUUAGUUUAUUUUUUUUUGUUGAUUUUCGCAAGAAAAAUGGCAAAUGCUGCCUGCACAAGUGGCGGAGGCGGCAGUGCUGGAGCUGGUGAAGGAGCAACAGCAGCAGCGGCGGGGGCUGGCGAGGAACAGCGACGCAUCUGGGUGGGAAAUUUGGAUUCAAGGAUCACCGAGUUUCAACUUCUCAAACUAAUGCAAAAAUGCGGUCCCAUCGAAAAGUUCGACAUGCUGUUCCACAAGGGCGGCCCCAUGGUUGGCCAGUCCCGCGGCUAUGCCUUUGUUACAUUCGCCGAGAACGAGGGAGCCACCAAUGCCCUGCUGAAGCUGGAUGGCACAAGCGUGGGCAGCCGCUCGAUAGCCGUUCGCCUUGCCAAGAACAUCAAAUACGAUGAUCUUCAAAAGCCCAAACCACGCAUUGAGAUUCCCGCUCUGGGGACGGGCAAGCGCGAGGAGAAAAUCAGCAAAUCCGAGGCCAUACGCGCAAUCGAGGCGAAACUGAAACAUCUGGAACGCCACACAGACGACAAUCUCGAGCUCAACCCCAGGGAGGGGUUUAACGCGAACGUUCCCUUCAUCCAGCGCUACCAGUUCAACAAGGAUCGCGACAAUACUCAGCGCUAUGGAAAAUCCUCGGCCCCCUACCAUCGACAACAGCGUCCGAAGCGACGUUGAAUUGGGGCCACCGGGAGGAAAACAUAGUGGACAUCAAAUUUUAGUACUUAGGGCGCUACCUCAGCAGCAGACAGCCUGACAACACACACCAUUUACUUUACAAUUAAUUUAUUUAAGAGAUAAAGACACACCCAGCAUCAAACGAAACGAA